UUUAAAUGUGUAAUUACUUUAAGUAAAUAAAUGAAAAUUAAAAUCGAGUUUUGAAWAGAUUUUGCCAAUAUAAACAAAUCGAUGUUUUAUUUUGAAAGUUGCCCCAGCGGAACAGGAUGAGUUAAUUGUGAAACUCCAUAAAACAACAACAUCAUCCUCCACGGUGUCCCCGACAGGUGAACUGGUUUUUCUGGAGAAAAACAGUAAACCUCACCGGGCGGUGUUUCCUCCGCGGUGUUCGUUUUUAUCUUUAUUUUAAUUAUUCUGGCGGGAUUGUGUCAGGAUGACGAGUCUGAGGGUGUUCCACACGCAGGUAGCGUCCAUCAUGGAGGCGCUGACYAAAACGGCGGCGGCGGAGAUCUGCCGGCUGGUGGACGACAGUUACUCCGUGCUGCAGCUCGAGAUCUCCCGCAGCCACAAGGAGAACGAGGCGCUGCGGAGGAAGCUGGAGCUCAUCGAGUCCAUCAUCGCCCGGGGACACCGGAGGGACGGCGGGAUGCUGGAGCAGGAGCGCGAGGUGCUGAUAGGUUCAACUUCCGAGCACAUCAUAGAAGAAGAUCUGUGCUCCACUCAGCURAAGAUCUCCAACGUCAGAGGAUGUGGACAGGUCCCCGUGUUGGAGCCGAGCUCAGAAGCUUCUCCUGUCUCAGCAGAGGGUUCUCCGGCAGCAGCUGUGGACGAGCGGAUCAGAACCCAUCAGGACCUGGUUGUGAUCAAAGACGAUGAAGAUGACGUGAAAGACGAGCUCGCCGCCGACAAACUUCUUCUGAGCGAAGAAGGAACCGAGGCGCCGCCGUCCCAAGCAGACGACACGGACGAAGGCCCCUCCUCUUCCUCCUCGGCUGCAGACCUGCGGCUCUGGGACCAGAACAGUACCGAGCUGCCGGAGGACUUCGGGUCCCGCAGCGCGCCGGCGUCUCCGGGUCCUUCGAGGACCACAGGAGGCGGCUCUUCAGACGCCAUCUUGGAUUUGGCGUUGGAGUCGGACGGCGUGAGGAAACGCUUCCCGCUCGUGCCGGGGGGAAGCCCCGCCCCUCUGCCCGGUACCUCUGAYCCAAAAGCAGGCUCGUGCCUGAUCGCUCCAGUCCCGUACGACUCGGAGCUGGACCUCGGCUCCUCGUGGACCAACCCGGGUCUGCCCAGCAUGGUGCCGGUCCCUCUUCGGCCAUUUUUGAAACCGGACCAGCCGCCGGCGCUCCUGGCCCUCGGCGGGUCCAGGCUGAACCCUCUGGACCUGAACCGGUUCUGCAGGGACCGGCGCUUCGUCUGCACCUUCUGCAACAAGUGCUUCUCGUCGUCGCGCAGCCUGGAGACGCACAUGCGCGUGCACACGGGCGAGCGACCGUACAGCUGCGCGCAGUGCGGGAAACGCUUCACGCAGUCGGGCCACCUGAAGACGCACCAGAGUGUGCACACGGGGGAGAGACCCUUCGCCUGCGAGCACUGCGGGAAGCGCUUCGCCGCCAAGCAGAACCUGAGGAUCCAUCAGCAGAAGUACCACGGMGCCGACCGGACCGCCGCGCCGGUUUGUUCUUCCAGAAGCCGUCUCGCGUUCGUGUUAGGACUUUCGGUUCGGUUCUGGUUCUGGUUCCGAGGCGGGAUGUCGGUUUUAAACACGGCUCUUCACGAGCAGCUGGCCAUCAUCAUGGCCGCGCUGACCAAGGCGGCGGUGGCGGAGAUCUGCGAGGUGGUGGACGAGGGCUACGCGGCGCUGCAGCAGGAGAUCACCCGGAGCCACAAGGAGAACCAGGACCUGAGGAAGAAACUGCACCUCAUCGAGUCCAUCGUGGUCCCGGGAGGAGGCGGGGGGAAGACCGAGGGGAGCACGGUGGGCACCCCGCAGCAGCAGCCGGACAGAGAGCGAGGAGAAGCGGCUGCCGCCUCCGGAGCAGCCGCGGGGGAGGAGCGGCAGGAGCUUCCAGAGGUGGUCCUGAUUAAAGAUGAAGACUCCGACAGCGAUGACAUCAUGGAGGAAGGUAACAGAAGGUCUGCAGGCGGCGACGCAGUGGCAGCGGUGGCGGUCAGAGAAGCCGUGCGUUCGACUCCGGGCAGCUGGCCCAGGCAGCGGCGGCGCAGUCAAGGAAACGGUGAAGAUCUCGAGGCGUCUUCAUCAGAGAGUCAGCUGACGGCAGCGCCGCAGAGGAACGUCUCCGUCUUCUCCCUGGACUCGCCCCGCAGCGAGCCGGGCCGCUCCUCUCCGCUCCUGGAGGAGGUCCAGGUGGAGGCCGGCGAGUCCAGCUGCUCCUACUCCACCCAGAUGGAGGUCCACCUGGUCCAGGACUGCUCCCUGGUGUCCCCGAGCUCCGGCGGGCAGGUGUACUACAGUGGUCUGACCGAGUCCACGUCAAACCGAGCAGAGCUGGACCUGAACGUGGACCCGGUCUGGACCAAAGCGUCCAAAAGUCCCGYGGGGUUCCCUCCGUUUCAUCAGCGCGAACACGUGGACAGAGACUCCUUUGGGCUGAAGCUGGUCAGCGUCUCUGGAUCYGGACCCCAGGACUGCAAGGCGUCCGGCAGCAGGAGCUCGUUCCAGUACCAGGMCGGUGCCGGAGUCCUGACCUUCGGUCUCUACGGGGACCACCCGGGCCARGCCCUACCGGUCCCCGCCUCCCAGAGGAAGAGCUACAUCUGCUCGGUCUGCAGCAAGACCUACGCUAACGCUCAGAACCUGGAGGUCCACAUGAGGAUCCACACGGGCGAGCGGCCCUUCACCUGCGACCACUGYGGCAAAAAGUUCACCCAGUCGUCCCACCUGAAGUCCCACCUGAACGUCCACCGACAGGACCGCUCCUUCCUCUGCUCCGUCUGCUCCAAGAGCUUCAUCAGCAAGUACAGCCUGAAGCUGCACAUGAAGAAGAGCCACCUGGACCCGAGGCCACGAGGCAGCGCUSUGAGGGUAAAAAAGGCCUCAUUUUGUGAAAACAAAGAGCUUCUGUCUCGUGGACCGCUCCGCUCCGGGUUCGGGAUGCCUCCGGCCGCCACCUUCCACGCUCAGCUGGCUUCCAUCAUGGAGGUUCUGGCCAACACUGCCGUGGCGGAGAUCUGCGAGCUGGUGGACAGCGGCUACGCGGUGCUGCAGCUGGAGAUCAGCCGCGGCCGCAAGGAGAACGAGGUGCUGCGGAGGAAGCUGCGGCUCAUGGAGCUCCGGGCCGCCCGCACGGCCGUCCUGAGRAACGCCUCUAGCGGCUCCGGAACCGCCGCCGCGUUGCUGCCCGCCAGCGGCCGACCGCGAGUCCAUCUGCUCGGAGGCUGCGGGCCGAGGCGGCUCGCGACACCCGCAGACGUCGGCGCAGCGAUGAAGGGAUCCAGUCGGGACCCAGGUCCAGGUCCAGGUCCAGAGCCGGGACAGGAAGUCACGCUGCAGACGGUGUCCACAGGUGAGACGUCCGCUGUCAUCAAAGUGGAGGACGACGAGGACGAGUCCUGGACUCAGUCUGGACCGGACCGGGGUUUCUGUCGCGUCACCGAGGAGCAGACCGCCGAGACAGAAGCUCCGCCCUCGCUGGUCAAACAGGAAGUGGUGGAGGACAGCAGCGGCGUUUCGUGGACGAGCGGUGAGGUCAGCACCUCCACCCAGCAYGCCCUGAGCGGCGCUGAGAGGUCCGGCGCGUACGGCUCUCUGGUGUUCGAGCUCCAGCACGUCUCCCAGAAUCCCCCGGAGACCGCCGCCCGAGUCCUCGGGGACGGCGGGAACGUCUCCGACGACUCGGGCGGCGGCGGGGCCUUCGGGUUCAGCCACGGCGAGGGGGGCCAGCCUGCGGCCGGGCGGAGGGACRCCGCCGGACAGAGCGCGUUCGUCCGCAGGGACGGCUGGCGUCUCCAGAACCGGGUCYGCAGGGACGCCUCGGGGACCAAGACCUUCGUGUGUAACUGCUGCGGGAAGAGCCUGGCCUGCCUGAAGAACCUGAAGACCCACAUGAGGGUCCACACGGGCGAGAAGCCCUUCAUCUGYGCGCUCUGCGGCAAGCGCUUCUCCGACUCCAGCAACCUGAAGCGCCACCAGAGCGUGCACACGGGGGAGAAACGCUACGGCUGCGUGCACUGCGGGAAGCGCUUCGCCCAGUCCGGCUCGCUGAAGGUCCACAUGAGCGUCCACAGAGACUGCAAGCAGUUCCGCUGCUCGCUCUGCGGCAAGGCCUUCACCUCCGGGGGGCACCUGCGGCGCCACAUCGCCUCCCACGCAGGAGAGAAACACUUUGCCGCUGCGUCGCCGUGACCACGAGCCACCGUUCAUCAGGAGCCGUGCAAAAGUCCUGAUCCAUCUCUUCGUGUGUCCCGCCAGCAGACGGUUUUAAUCUUUUAAAAUGCUUUCAGUCGUUCCGAACAGAAAGCUGUUUUUAACUUUGUAUUUUCUUCAGGUUCUGGUUUUCUUGUGGUGAAAUGUUAGAAACUUUGAUCUUUUCCUGUAGUUUGGUGAUCAAAUCGUUUAAAUCCUGCAGCAGUUUCACUUCCUGUUUUUGUUUUUA